AUGGAAUCCGUCAUCAUAAAGGGCAAUGCCCAGUGCAAGAUUAAGAGGCGCUACCCGGCGCCUCAGGGCACCGUAACCUUCGCCAAUCGCACGCCCGCCUUCUCGGAGAGCGUUCCCAUGCCCGGGAUGCCUGCGGACUUCCCAGGAGAGCCGCCUGAGGAGGAGUACGACGACUACUACGUAUGGCGCAGGAACGCCCCCUUCCUCUACGACGCGCUGUUGGUUCACCGCCUGGACUGGCCCUCGCUGGUGGUGGACUUCGUGGCGGACGCGGUAUACAAGAGCCGCAACGGCAUAACGGCGCACAAGGUGCUAUUCGGCACGCACACGUCCAACAGCGACGUGGAGUACGCCGUGGUCGGCGAGAUCAAGAUGCCCGUCGCAGGGGUACGCUCCAAUCUGACCUGCUGCGAGAACUUCAACGGGUUCUUCAGCUACCACAAGACGCACAGGCUGGCGGUUUUGGGGCACCCCCUGCCGGCGCUCGACAUCAAGGCGAACCUCGUCCACCCCGGCGAGGUCAACCGCAUCCUGCAUUCGCCAACGAACCAGUUCCACUUCGUCACGCACACCUCAUUCGGUGACCUGCUGCUAUUCGACUACUCGCGGCACCCGUCCACGCCGCGGAUCACCUCCAGGGCGGCGCCGCAGCUGGUGCUCACCGGAGGGCACUCCGCCGACGGGUUUGGCGUCAGCUGGGCCGACGAUAACAAAAUCGUAUCUGUUGCGACAGAUGGAUCCGUGUGCUUGUGGGAUCCGAACGCCCCCUCUCAGGCCGUGGAGGACACGGGUAGGUACGUUGAAGGCACCAAGUGCGUGCGCCCGCUCACGCGGUUCGAGAUGAAGGACUCGCCGUUCAACGACGUACAAGUGAUGCCGACUCGCAAGCAGCUCUACAUGGCAGUCUCGGACGACUACGUCGCCAGGCUUUUCGACAUGCGCACGGACAACAGCGCCGGGAACGCGCAGGUCGAGCUCAAGAGCGAGGCGGAGGUCAACUGCCUGAGCUUCAACACAUUCAACGACAACAUCGUCGCAACGGGCGAGUCCGACGGAACCGUGUGUGUCUGGGAUAUUAGGCAGCCCAAGGAGGCCAUGCUGUGGCUGAGCCACCACACCAAGUCGGUCACGCAGGUCGAGUUCUGCCCGGCGGCCGCCGGCAUGCUGGCCUCCGCCUCCGAGGACCAGCACGUCUGCAUCUGGGAGAUAUCCACGGAGGACAACCUGCGCUUCAUACACGCGGGGCAUCGGGGGCCUGUAUCGGACCUGUCGUGGCUCAAGGCAGCCUCCAUGAAGAACGGCUUCACCCUGGCCAGCGUAGGGGCGGACAAUGCCUUCCACUGUUACACCCCAAACUUCACGGAACUGUGA